CAGCUGAUCAGAAAAGUAACAUUAAAAUGAGCCGUCAAAAUAGGAAAUUCUAAUUUUAGUUUGGCAGUAAUAAUUGGUUAGUUUACUUUUCAUAUUGGAUCAGAAGUAUAGUUUCAGUGAGAAAUGUAUCCCUGUAAAAGUUUUUGGAUUGUCUCAAUUGUUCGUAAAAUCACUAACUAAAAGUAGAUUCGAGAAAAUGGAGAAAAGCGAUAAAAGUAUAUUGAAGUUUGUGCCGCCGAAAUCGUUUGUUCAUACUAGUUUUUGGUACAAACUAGCAGAUAUUAAAUUGAAUGUUGACAAACUCAAAGAUUCAGAGAAAAAUGUUUCAGCAUUUAUAAGAAGAUCAAACAAUUCCCGAGUGUUGAUAGAAAUUGAUUGUUCGGCAUUCAAUAAGAAACGGAUAAUUUGCUGUAAUUUAAAAACAGAUAGCUCUAAAACAAAGCAAAUUCGUGAGACGUGUACUGCAACCUCAAAUAUCUGGUGUAAUGGUAUCCUGUUGAACAAAAAUACGAUUGAAGAAUUUAAAACAACUUGCAAAAAUCGGGUUCUUAAAGACGUCAGCACUGAAUUCUAUCAAAACUUGUUAUCAAAAGAAAAACUGGACUCAUUUUCUCAGUGGAUAAAGUUCCUAAUAUUUUCAUUCGCGGACUUUAAAACACAUAAGUAUUAUUAUUGGUUUGCUUUCCCUGUUCUACGAGAUGUUGUCUACAAAUGCUCCAAUCAACGAUUAUUGUUGAAGUCCUUGUUUACUAAGGAAUUAUUAUUGAAGUUUGAAAUAGAGUCCAGUAGAAUCAGCGAACCUUUCUUCAUCUAUGAUAUAAAUUCCAAUAUCGUAUCGAAGAUUUCUGAUAUAGUUACACAUAAGGAUACGGUCAAAAAUAUGUGCAACAUGCAUUUCAACUCGUCUUAUUUUUGCUGCCUUGACCAUUCUUCAGAUGAGAAUCCAAGUUGGUUAUUGCGUCAGUUUUUAGGUUACCUUUUCAUUACAUGCCCAGUCCUGAAAGGAAAAGAAAUCAAUUGUAUAUGUCUGCGGGAAGAAGUAUCAUCCAGUAUUGUUCUUCGAAUACAAAUGCCAGAUUGUGAGUUAGAUAUUGAAGAGGCGACUUGGAUCGGAUGGGAAGCCAACGAGGCUGGUAAAUUCAUCCCGCGUUUGGCAGACAUGGCUAAGACAAUGGAUCCUCUAAUCUUAGCUGAAAAAUCGAUCAGCUUAAAUUUGACGUUGAUGAAGUGGAGACUUCUACCGGAGUUGGAUAUAAACAUAAUACGUAAAACGAAGUUUCUACUGCUUGGUGCUGGAACGCUUGGUUGCGGUGUAGCGCGGUCUCUCCUGGCAUGGGGAGCACAGCAUAUAUCAUUCGUAGACUAUGGUAAGGUUUCAUUGUCCAAUCCGGUUCGACAAAAUUUGUUUCUGUACGAGGAUGCACUCCAAGGAGGUAAAUCUAAAGCAACUACAGCCGCUGAACGUUUAAAACAAAUCCACCCGUGUAUUACGUCGGUAGGAUAUUGUCUUCAAAUUCCCAUGCCAGGGCAUUCGGUUGGAGAAUCGCAAUGGAACAAUACAAAUGAGACUCUUGACAGUCUGAAAGAUCUAAUAAAAAAUCAUGAUGUAGUAUUUCUUCUCACAGAUUCUCGUGAAAGUAGAUGGCUUCCUACAAUGCUAGCAGCAUUCUAUAAAAAGAUGGUGAUAAAUGCAGCGCUUGGAUUUGACUCUUUCUUAGUAAUGCGACAUGGAACCAAAAUAUCUACCUCUUACUCUCCUCAAGUAAUUGAGGGAUUUAAAGAAAUCCAAGGCUCUAGUUUAGGCUGCUACUUUUGCAAUGAUAUUGUAGCACCAGGAAAUUCCCUCAAAGAUAGAACUUUGGAUCAACAAUGUACAGUUACUAGGCCAGCCGUUUCUAACAUAGCUUCAAGUUUGGCUGUCGAAUUAGCGGUGGCGUUACUGCAGCACAAAUAUCGAGAUGCUGCCCCAGCUUAUUACCAGACAUCUAAUGAUAUUCUUGGCAAAAGAGAUAUUCCAGAGGACAUAUUGGGGAUUGUACCGCAUUCAAUUCGUGGCAAUAUAAGUGCAUUUAAUUAUCUCAUCACGGCAACUGAACGUUUCUCUGAAUGUAUUGCCUGCUCUAUUCGUAUACUGGAUAAAUUUGAACAUGAAGGAAAUGACUUUGUAAUGAAUGUACUAAACUCUUCCAAAAUUUUGGAAGACAUUUCUGGAAUUUCGACGCUUACAUGUAAUGCACAUGAGGACAUUGACUUUGAAAGCGACGAUGAGUGAAUAAAUAUAAAUCUUUUUAUAGAAAAUAAAAAAUAAUUUCCUUUUUAAAACAACAAA